GAGAAGUAAAAAAAUAAAAUAAAAUAAAAAGAGAGAAGGAAGAACAUGCGUUAUUUCUCUCUCUCUCUCUCUCUCUCUCUUGAAUUCAAUUCAAUUCAAUUAAGAGGACACGGCGACGAAAGAGAGCUGAGGAAGGAAACUUGAUGAAAUCAAUUCUCGUUGAAGUAGAAUUUAUUGGACAAGAUCUGAGAUCUCUGGUGUUGUUCCAUGCAACAAAGCCUGUUGGUUUCUUCUCGGAUUUGACCAGCAACACUCUGUUUUUCCUGGAGAAAGAUCUCCGCUUUUCUUCUUCUCGUUGAAAUCAAACAAAGCUUCGGUUUUUUUUUUAUCAAAUUAGAGAGAUGAGUAGUAAUAAUAAUAAUAAUAAUAAUAAUAAUAAUAAUAGCAGCAGCAGCGUGUGGAACGAAGAUGAUAAAGCGAUUGUUGCUUCCCUGCUCGGCAAAAAGGCUCUCGAUUACUUGCUUUCAAACUCCGUUCCAAACGCUAACCUCCUGAUGACCGUCGGAAGCGACGACAAUCUCCAGAACAAGCUCUCGGAUCUCGUGGAGACCCCAAACUCCUCCAACUUCUCCUGGAACUACGCCAUUUUCUGGCAGGUCUCUCGGUCAAAGUCCGGAGAUUUGGUCCUCUGCUGGGGCGACGGCUCUUGCAGAGAGCCUAAAGACGGAGAGAGGUCGGAGAUGAUGAGGAUGCUUUCCAUGGGGAGAGAAGAAGAAACUCACCAGACUCUGCGCAAGAGAGUGCUCCAAAAGCUUCACGCUUUGUUCGGUGGGUUGGAUGAUGAAGAAGAUAGCUGCGCUUUGGUGCUCGAUAGAGUUACGGACACUGAGAUGUUUCUUCUCGCUUCAAUGUACUUCUCUUUCCCUCGCGGCCAAGGUGGCCCUGGCAAGUGUUUCCACUCUGCUCAGCCCGUUUGGUUAUCGGAUUUGGUUAAUUCCGGUUCUGAUUACUGCGUUAGAUCGUUUCUUGCUAAGUCUGCGGGGAUACAGACUGUUGUUUUGGUUCCUACUGAUAUUGGCGUUGUUGAGUUGGGGUCUACUUCUUGUUUGCCUCAUAGUGAUGAGUCAUUGUCGUCUAUAAGAUUGUCGUUUUCGAGUCCUCCUCCUCCACCUCCUCCUCCGGUUAGAUUACCUGUUGUUGUGGCUAAUCAUAAUGAUGAUAACAGUUCCUCGAAGAUAUUCGGCAAGGAUCUGCACAGUUCUUCUGGUUUUCAUCAUCAGCAUCAGCAGCAACAUAGGCAGUUCAGAGAGAAACUGACAGUUAGGAAAAUGGAUGAUAACAGAGUUCCCAAGAGAUUAUUAGAUGGAAACAACAACAGGUUUAUGUUCUCUAAUCCCAUCACUACCAACAACAACACUCUGAUGUCUACUUCUACUUGGAUCCCUCCAGAAGCUCCUAGCAGGGAAGAUUUCAAGUUUCUCCCUUUGCAGCAAUCAUCAUCAUCUCACAGGCUGCUUCCUCCUGCUCAGAUACAGAUUGAUUUCUCCGGCGCAAGUUCCAGGCCUUCUGACAAUAACUCAGACGGAGGAGGAGGAGGAGCGGAUUGGGCUGAUCUUGUUGGCGGUGCUGAUGAGUCUGGCGGCGACAACAGACCGAGGAAACGCGGGAGGAGACCUGCCAACGGAAGAGCUGAAGCUCUGAACCACGUGGAAGCGGAGAGGCAACGGCGUGAGAAGCUUAACCAGAGGUUCUACGCCCUGAGAUCAGUUGUUCCAAACAUUUCGAAGAUGGACAAAGCCUCCUUGUUGGGAGACGCUGUCUCUUACAUUAACGAGCUUUACGCUAAGCUCAAGGUUAUGGAAGCUGAGAGGGAGAAGCUGGGCUAUAGCUCUAACCCUCUCAUCUGCUUGGAGCCGCCGGCCGUUAACGUUCAAACGGCGGGUGAAGAUGUGGCGGUGACGGUUAACUGUGCGUUGGAUUCUCAUCCGGCGUCGAGGAUCUUCCACGCGUUUGAAGAGGCUAAAGUGGAAGUGAUUAAUUCGAAACUGGAGGUUCCACAGGACGUAGUGUUGCAUACGUUUGUGAUCAAAUCCGAAGAGGUGACUAAAGAGAAGCUGGUCUCAGCUCUCUCUAGAGAGCAAUCAAGUUCAAGAACAUCAUCAGGUAGAUAGCCUUUUGGAGAAGAUCAAGAAGUAAGUUUGUAGUGAAGAAGAUAACCUGUAACAAUCCUCCAGGCUAGGAUUUUAGAAGUUUUUUUUUUAUUUGUCAAAAAGUAGACAACUCGCUUUACAAAAAAAAAUAGCAUCUAUUUAUUAUGUUAAAGAAGCCCUUGGGACUUGCUUGAGAAUCUGUCUUUUGUUGUGAUUUUUGGCCUCCUUGAAAUAUGGAUUCUUAGUAGAGUGAGUUCAACUAAGUGAUUGUGCCACAGGUUCAUCAACUUUUUAGCCAGA